CUCAGGACUCGGAACUGCUUCAGUCCCAAUCUGUUCAAAAUGCGGUGCAGAUUAGUGAACAUUUUAUCUCACACAAUAACGCAGAGUAAACAUGACUCAUGGCUUACCUAGCCGGAGCGGGCUAAAGACAAGAUUAGGUAUUUUUUAAGAACCAGUUUUAUUUUAUUUUAUUUAUUUUUUUUAGACCAGUUCUCCCCGAUGACACAUUUAUUGGAGCGCCCCGAGUCCUAGUGGAGAAAAGACAAAGGAGAAAAAUAGGCUUUCAGAAGCUACGAUGGUUUGGGCCUAAAACAAGACAAGAGCAACAUGAACCGUGAAGACCGGAAUGUGCUCCGUAUGAAAGAAAGAGAAAGGAGAAAUCAAGAAAUCCAGCAGGGAGGAGAGGCCUUUCCCGCCAGUUCCCCCCUCUUUCCUGAACCUUAUAAAGUGUCUAGCAAGGAAGACAAACUCUCAAGUCGCAUCCAGAGCAUGCUAGGAAACUACGACGAGAUGAAAGAAACCAUUGGUGAACCUCCCAUGUCGAAACUCCUGGCCAAAGGAUCAAGCUCUUCCUCCUCAGAGGAGAAGUCUCUGUACCCCGAGCAGAGAGGCGGAGUCAGUCAGAAUCAGAGCAACAAAUGGACUCCGAUCGGUUCAACCUCCGGAACCUCUUCCUCAUCUUUAUCCAAGUCCCAGAACCGAUCAGGCUCGUCGAAUCAGAGCAGCCACGGCACUAGCCAGCGCAGCGGCACUAACAGCCAGCGGCACGAGCGCGAAUUUAGUAGCAAGAAGUCCAGUAAACAUGAGCACAAGGGCUCCACGAACUCGAGCGGACACUCGCGCUCGCUAACGGCCGAGCAGCACGGCAAGGAGCGCUACCACUCCAAAUCACCAAGAGACCGCGAGGCCAACUGGGACUCGCCAUCCAGAGUGCACUCCUCUUCCUCCUCCUCCUCUUCAUCGUCCACCUUCCCUAGUGGGCAGCACUCAGGCCAGGCUUUUCCACCCUCGCUCAUGUCCAAACCCGGCUCCAUGCUGCAGAAGCCCACUGCUUACGUCAGGCCGAUGGACGGUCAGGAGACAGCCGAGCCCAAGACCUCCUCGUCCUCCUCCUCUUCUUCCUCGGAAUCCUAUGGAGGCCAGUCACAUGGCAGCAGCGUCGGAGAGAUGAAGGCCAACGGCAAAGCGUCGCUCACCAAGCUCAAGAUCCCGGCACCGGUAGAGGGAGCUCUUACGGGGGACGUGAGCUGUGUGGAUGAGAUUUUAAAGGAAAUGACCCAGUCUUGGCCUCCUCCACUCACAGCCAUACACACCCCCUGCAAGACUGAGCCUUCAAAGUUUCCUUUCCCGACAAAGGAUGCCCAGCAUACAGGCUUUGGAGGACUCAAAAAAAGCAUCUCAGGAAAAGGUUCAUCUGCUGCGCCGCAGAAUAAGGCAUGCGAUGGAGACCCGUCCAACACGCUUCAUGACGACCUCAAGCUCAGUAGCAGUGAAGACAGCGAUGCAGACCAGGAGGCUGCUAAAAGAAACACCUCAGCUAGUAAUAAUAACAGUGAAGUAGCUGAUAGAGAGGACUCCAGUAGUCACAGUGGCUCAGAGAGCAGCUCUGGAUCUGAAAGCGAAAGUGAGAGCAGCUCUACAGACAGCGAAGCCAAUGAGCCACCACGCGCUGCCUCACCUGAGCGAGAACAGCCUCCAGCUAAUAAGUGGCAGCUGGACAACUGGCUAUCCAAAAUGGAGGACCGAGAGAGCAGCGCUGCUCGGGGAUACAGUGGCACUCAGGGGCCCAAAGAGUCCAUCCCUGCGCCGGGUCGGGACCAGCGGGCCACACAGAAAGGUUCAGAGAGCGGACGUGGCCGUCAGAAGUCUCCCGCGCAGAGCGGUGAGGGUGGAGCCAAUGCCAGCCAGAGACGCUCAGUGGGCAAAAAGCAGCCCAAAAAGUCAGAGAAGCCCGCUGUGGCGGAGGAGCCGAAGGGCAGCCUGAGGGUGGAGAGCGUGCCCCGAGCCGAGACGCCUCAGCACCGUGCAAGAGCACCAAACAAGGGUCCACGCAAACCCGCUGCGAAGAAAGAGCCCAAGAAAGAUGUACGGGCCCCUCCGGAAAAGCGUAGAACCAAGCCUCAGGGCAAGCAGAAGUCACGUGAGUUUGUUGAAACGGAGUCAUCAUCAUCCUCUGAUUCGGACGAGGAAGAAGAAGAGAGUGCUCCAUCUUCCUCACACACUCCUAAGUAUGCCCCCCAUGUUUUCUCCCCCAUGGAAGAGAAAGAUCUUCUCUCUCCGCUCAGCGAGUCUGAUGAGAAACAAACGGCUCCCAGGCAGCUGCUCGUCUCUAUCGACCUCAACCUGCUGAGCCGCGUGCCAGGUCGAACUUUUAAAGACCCAGAGGUGAAGGUGGAGCGGGACUCGACUAGCGACGGCAAGGAGUUCCAGAAACAGCCAGGGGAGAGUAAAGCCAAUAAAGGCAAGAGGAAACAUAAGAAUGAUGACAGUCUGAAACCAGAAAGCAAGAAGUCCAGGAUGGAAGAGAAGUCAUCGCACCAUAAACCCAGUAAAGAGUCAGCAAAGCGUGUGGUGGAUAAGGAUAAAGAACCUGUCCCGUCUCCUUCCCUGACCCUUCAGCGCACGCCCAAGUCAGAGCAUCAGGGUCGCAAACGCACGGUCAGUCAGUCGUCCAGCUCGCUGCCCAUCAACACCAACAGCAAGGACGUCACCAAGAGCAGCUCCAGCUCCAAACACCGCAAGGGCGAGGACAAACAGAGCCGCAGCAGCAAAGACAUCAAGGAUAAAAGCUCUAAAUCUGAGAAUCAGCUGGCUGUACCUCCUCUCUCCUCCGACAGUUCCAAGAGGUCCAAGCUGCACUUUGAGGACCGGGUUCAUUCAGCUGACCAUUACCUCCAAGAAGCUAAGAAGCUGAAACACAACGCAGACGCUCUGAUGGACAGAUUUGAAAAAGCGGUGUAUUACCUGGACGCAGUGGUGUCCUUUAUCGAGUGUGGAAAUGCGCUGGAGAAAAGUGCACAGGAAGCCAAGUCCCCUUUCCCCAUGUAUGCUGAAACUGUGGAACUCAUUAAGUACACUAUGAAAUUAAAGAGCUAUAUGGCACCAGACGCUACCUCAGCAGACAAAAGGCUGGCAGUGUUGUGUUUGAGAUGUCAGUCUCUCCUCUACCUGAGGCUGUUUAAAUUGAGGAAGGAAAGUGCUCUGAAGUACUCAAAGACACUCACUGAACAUUUGAAGAAUUCAUUGAGUAACACUCAGGCACCGUCUCCUGGGAUGGGAAAUAAAGCGGUCGGAAUGCCAUCCCCAGUGUCGCCUAAAGUGUCUCCUGGCAGUGCGGGCAGUUACUCCUCCAGCAGCUCCUCGAGCCAGAGCGGCAGCUCCUCUGUCACUAUCCCACAGCGCAUACACCAGAUGGCUGCCAGCUACGUGCAGGUCACCUCCAACUUCUUGUUCGCCACGGAGGUGUGGGAGCAGGCCGAGCAACUGGCCCGGGAGCAAAGAGAGUUCUUCAGUGAGCUGGAUAAAGCAAUGGGCCCGCUGAUCUUCAACACCAGCAGCAUGACUGAACUGGUCCACUACACACGGCAAGGUCUCCACUGGCUACGGCUCGACGCCAAGCUCGUUUCAUAACACUCUCCCUCGUCUCCUUCCUUCUUUCCUCUCCUCUCUUUCUUGCCUUACUCACAUUUAUUUAAUCUGCCUCAGACAUAUCUGUGACACUGUGUCCAUUUUCAACACCAGCUUGCCAAAAAAAUCCUCCCCACACACACAACCGCCAACUGAGCAAAACAACACUGAGUGCUACGGCUAGCCCCGCCCCUCUCCGCUACCCGUUCAUGGCGAAGGUGACCAAACACCGUGCACGUCUUCAUCAGCGGAGCGUCGUCAGGCUCAGCGUCUCGUCACGCUGAAACACAAAUCAACAAAAGCCAUCUUUGUUUUGUUUUUGUUUGCUUUUGUUUAAAAUCUUGACAGCUGUGAACAACACUUUUAUGGAAUCUCUCCUACUAGGUUUUCUUUUUCUUUCUUUUUUUUAAACCAGCGUACCUCCCUUUAACCAAAGGUGCUUUAAAUACUAAGGGUUUGUCCUUCUCUCUUUUUGUGCCUUGUAUAUGAUAUACAGGAACAUGUUUGUGCACACGGGCUGCUCGUGGAACCGGGUUCAAUAGUCAGACAGGAAGUGUGUGACAUGGGGCAAGGCUGCGGAAUGCUAAUGACUUAAUCCUUAAAGCCAGCAUUCCAUUCAGUGCCCAGAAACGGGCGUGGUCGAGCCGGAUCGCAGAGAGAAAUAUCAUAACAUGCACAAAAUAUCAUCCGUAUACACAGACGCUCGAGCGUGACGAUUCAGAGCACCUCAGCGAUGACCAAAAGGACCUGAAGCAUCAUCAGAUCAAUUCCCAGAUUUCCCCCUCAGGCCACUCCUCCUCUGUCUUUUUCCCAUUUUGUUCCACUUUCACUUGUACAUGGACCUUUUUUUUUCUGAAUUGUGACAGAGACAUUUUUUUCUACUCGCUUUUAGAUUUCUAGAAGAGUCUCUUUAUCCACAUCAUUCCUCUUCCUAAGCACAUGAAUAUUUUAUUACUGCCGCUUCAAUGCUCCACCCAGUGUGCGUGUGUGUAUAUUUUAUAUAUAUAUAUAUAUAUAUAUAUAUAUAUAUAUAUAUAUAUAUAUAUAUAUAUAUAUAUAUAUAUAUAUAUAUAUAUAUAUAAUAUUUUAUUUAGAUACAGAAAUUUGUCUCGAAUUGACAUUUUCACACACGGAAUAGUGAAUAAUGCUCUUCUUAUUAUUAUUCUUCUUCACCUUAAAUACAGGGUUGUAUUAUGGGAUGUUUAUGAAAUUGCCAUAUUUAAGUAUUUAAUAUCAGUCUUGGGAUUUUUCCUUUAUAGCAUCAUAGUCGAUUGUCUAUUAUAACAAAUCAUUUAACAGGAAGGAGGCUCAUAUGGAAUAUAUUUAUUACACAUGUACUUUAUAUUUAUAGUUUCUACAUACAGAACAGUACACAGUUUAUCGCAUAUUAAGUCGUUCUGGCCAGGAAAACCGAAGCAUAAAGGUGUAUUUUUCCGUACGGUUUUGUCCGUGCUGCAGUGCGUGUAAGCUAGAAGUGUUUUAUCUGAAAAGGUACCAGAGACGAUUUGCAUCCUGUCAGUCUGCAGCGUAUUAAAUGCUGGAAAUUUACCAUCUUUUGCACUAGAAAUAAUGUUUUUUGUUUUUGUUUUGUUUUUUUUGUUUUUUAAUCCGUCGGCUCCCUGUUUUCUCUGUAGGGACAAACUGUUAUUUCUUCUCGCGCUCGUUCAGAGAUGAGAAGAAAUCUGUCUAUGCAGAUGUUUUUUACACACUUCUCUCAGCGAACUCUGCAGUAGUUCAGCAAUCGCACCAUCUGUGUGUUCUCAAAGUAUUAAACGUCAGCGUCAAAGCGAGACUUGAGCUACUUCCUUCUAUAUACUCACACAAACAGAUAUACUGUAGACGUCUAGACGGUGGGUUUAAGGGGGCGACGCACCCAAAGAUAUAUUCUGCAUUUUGCCUUCGUUCAGUUCGGGCGUGAAUUCCUCAGCUUUCUGAUACGGAGAAAUCUCGCUUACAUGGGUUUCAGAGUUAAAUUUGCCAAAACGACGUUAGAAAUAUUAUUAUUAUUAUUAUUAUUAUUAAUAUUAUUGGUUCAGUAACCAACAAAGUGUGCUUUUUUUUUCCUGGCUUGGAAAGGAAUGUAGCAUUUUUUUAAUUUUUUUUUUAUUAUUAUUUUAAGGGUUUCCGAAUAUUAUAGAGGAGUCGAAUGCAGACGAGAGACCAAGAACAUGGUGUGGAAUUUUUUUUAAUAACUGUUUUAUACAUUGGGUUUGAAUGAAAUCACAGACGGUAAACGAGUCUAACGAUCAUGAACAGGGUUUACUCGUUUGCAUAUGUAACUUGUGCACUACGUUGAUUAGAAGCUCCGAGUUGAGCAGAACUUGAGCUGAUUCACUGCUGUGGCUGAUUUUUGUUUUUUUUUUCCCCCCUCUCCUGAUGUUUCCUUUAUUUUUAAGCAAUUCUUUUUUUUAAAAAAUCCAAUAAUAAUUCACAUGUAACUAUAAACCAGGGUAAAACUUUUUUCUGACAUCUGCUACAAAAUGAAAACACUUGCAUGUUUGUAUUUAAUUGCUAAUCUGUAUAAAUUGUACAUACGGCGUCUCUUUUAGGGUAAAUUUUUAUGGCAGUUUAACAUUUGUAUGAAAUUGUAAAUAGAAUGUUAAUAUUAGACUCAUUACUGAACUUCUUCCUCUUUUAUUGACACUGUACAUCAUGAUUCCCUGUCACAUCCAGACCGUGUUUUUGUUUGUUUUUUAAAUCUUAACUCGUUUGUUUGUUUGUUUUAUUUAGUUUUUAACGGAACUCCGUAGUUUCCUCAUGGAGAUUCUUAGGCUCGGGCUGUUUUCUGUGAUGCUGAUUAUCGUGGUUGAGUUUUUUUUUUAAUCCUGUCCAAACGAGAUGUUGAAGUGAAACCUGUAGGACGGCUGUAGCUCGUGUGGUCUUGUCCAGAUGUUUCCAGGCGUUUGUGUACGUUCAGCUCUUCUGUGUUUUCAUGUUGUGCUCAUUUUAUAGGAUUUACAAAAAGUGCAAAUUAUUCCUGCAAAACUUCCACGGUUGGUUCAAACCCCAAAUCGGUUUAAAGUAUUGUAGAGUUUGAUCAGAGAAAUUUACAUAUUAUAUAAUGGAUGCAAUAUGAUUUUAGGAUUUAAAGGUACUCUCACAAGCCUCGAUUAUCAUCAAACUUGUAAUUUAAAAAAAACAUUUUUUUUGUGAAGUGAGUAUUACUGGAUACUAAUGGGUUUUCUGAGUCUUUGUAUUUCGCUGUAUUGAGAAUAAAAUAUAUAUGAUUAUUGAA